UUACUUUUAUCAGCACCGUUGAAAAAAGAAGAAAACAUGCCAAGGCUGCCUCCCAAGCUCAAAUUUGAACCUUCUAAUGUCACCAGACAUUCCCUUGACAGUUGUUUUCUUUUCGAGAGAAGUUGGAGGAAAGCAGUUUUAGAAACACAAAAGAUGAGGAAAGAAUACACCACAGCAUUUGGUCUAGAAGAAUUCAAAGAAUGUGUCAAAAUGCCAUAUUUACCAGGAUUGCAAAAUUGCCAAAAAAGUGUAAGUUCCACUCCACUAGAAGUUCAUAAAAGACUCCUGCAUGCUGAUACCGAGAUGCCUCCUGUCAGGUUAAAGAAGGCUAAGCCAACAUGUACUGUGGCACCACUUCAGGGAAAUCAAAAGGGUUCUGGCUUCAGCGAUCCUCUCACUGGAGCACCAUCUCAGUACUUACAGAGACUUUCUAAAAUGGCCAUUUUGGAGUAUGAUACCAUUCGUCAAGAAACAACCAGAAAAUUUAAAAAGAGCAAGAAACAAGAGCCUUGAGACUGCUGAUUAUCCUUUGGUGUGAUGCCUUCUUCACUGACUUCUAAGCCUUGGAACUUCUAUAUCGUUGGAACAGCCUGGCACCGCAUACACGUCCAGUGAGGCAUGGGCAAUGAAGCUAAAAAUGG